UAACUCAGUCGUGGAAGGAUGUCAUGAUGCAAAAGGGUGGACCGUCUGCGUUACCUCACUAUCCUACAAUCACGCUGAAGAUGUCAGGGUACAAACUGCCGAACCUAGGCUGAGGAACAACUUCUGUGGCAUAAUUGUGCGACAUUAGUUCAUUUGCUGUGUCACUUAUAAUCCCGUUAUCUUCUCAGAAGUAUUGGUAAUUUCGAGAAGUGAAGAAGAUUUUGACUCUAUUCCGAAACUGUGAUGUGCAUUUCCUGAUAUAACGGUAUUUAAUGAUGUUAUUGGUGUUGCGAAACUGUUAUUGUGUUGCAAAAAAAGUUACUAAAAUAACUACCUAACUACUUUUUUAGUUACUGGAAAUUUUUGAAUACAGUUACAGAUUCCUGAAUGAACCAAAAGAUAGAACUUCAGUGAUUUUUUUUUAAUGAAAAAGAUUGUAGCAAUCAACUGUUUUGAAUAACUAACAAAUAGCUGCUUGGAAAUUUUGAAUACAAUUACAGAUUUCUGAAUGAAGCAAACGACUGUUUUGGAAGACAAACAAAUAGUUACUUAAGCUUGCACGUGCUGAAAAAUACAGUCUAAUUUGCUCAUUGAUUUUACUUGGGCUUCCUCAAAAUAAUCAUUAGUGUUUAGCAUUCAGCUUUUUGCUCAGUGGAUUUUUUGAAGUGCUUCAGCAUCUCAUACGAACCACGUGCUUCUUGCAUUUCCUGAAUGACGGAUAAACUGUUAAUCAACGUGUUAUGCAAACGAUCAAAUCAGGCGUAAAAUGCUAUAGCGGUUUGCAAAAAACUACAGUUUGUGCUUGAAGAACUGCUUUACUUUUUCGUUUGUUGAUAACUCAACUUAGUUACGUGUAUCAAUAGACUUUCAAACUGGACCUGGUGUCUUUAUAACCCAUCCUGUAAAAAUGGCCAAAAAAUUGAGGAAAUUUCAAAUCGUGCUGGACAAUGAUACUUUGCUCUAUUUCCCGAGUUCUUUCCUCACGGGCAGGGUGUUCAUCGAUUUGGAUGAAGAUACUGGUGUUACUGGUCUGUACUUGCACGUCGUGGGCGAAGGAGUGGUUCGUUUGAGUGACCGUGGCAGCGGAGGAAGUCACAAUGACAAAGAAAAUUACAUCGACUUCCGGAUGAAAUUGCUGGGCGAUAGCAAUCACAGAAUUAAUGGUUCUGAUCGAACACCAGAUGAAGAAGUGGAUCGUUUGAUAGUCCUGACUGCAGGGGUGCAUAAUUUCCCUUUCAAACUGGGCCUUCCCUUAGGACUACCCUCAACUUUCCUUGGACGCCAUGGUUGGAUUCAGUACUAUUGCAAAGUUGCAUUGAAAGAGCCUGGUGGUUUGACGCAUAAAAAUCAACAAGUGUUCCUUCUAAUGAAUCCUAUCGACUUGAGCUUAGAGCCUGCAUUGCUGAUGCAACCAUUCCACUGUGAGCUAGAAGGUGAAUUAGGCAUUCCUUGCAUCAAUUUGGGGCCAGUAUCUUGCAGAGUUCGUUUGGACAGAGGUGGUUAUGUGCCCGGAGAAAGCAUACGGCUGUCUGCCACCAUCGACAAUGGCAGCGGUGUUGCUAUUCACAGGACCAAAGCUCUUCUCACCGAGACAAUUCAGUACACGGCGAAAAAGAAAAUAGUGCAAUCAGAAACACGGGAGUUAGCAUCUCUUCAAAAAGGAAGGAUAGACGCAGGAACUACGGACCACUGGAAGAACGAACUACUGUACAUCCCACCUCUUCCUCCGACCAACCUGCGAGGUUGUCAUCUAAUCAAGAUACAAUAUGACGUUUAUUUUCAGAUAGAGCCGAAAGGUGUUGAUAGAGUAAUGAGCCUUCAACUGCCAAUUAUGAUUGCUACAUAUCCAGUUCGUAACAGAGACGGAACACUGCCACGACGCCAAGGGACAAGCUAUCCACCGAGCCUUCCAGUUUGUAGACCUUGGCUAAAUUCAGCUAAACUGAAGUGAAAUGAAGGGUCUAAUAUCUCUAGCUCAAACUUUCCAGUCAUUUUUAUUUCUUUUUCUUUAUGUUUAUUAUAUUUAAUGCUUCGUAACCAACUAAUAAAAUGCCUCAUGAAAAAAUUUGGAAAGACAAUUCUUAAGCUUAUUAGCUAUGCAAAAGCUUUUUUCCAUAGAACAUGAAGAAAUUCUAAACAAGAAUCUUCUGUUUGGUUUGUGUCUUGAGUCUACCAAAACUGAAUAUAAAUCCUCUUAAAAUUUUUAAUCCAUCAAGGGACCUAGUGGCAGAUUUUGUUCUUGAGAGCCUUUUGCCAUGCAUUUUUGGAGGGGACUAAGGAACGAGGAGAACUACGUAAAAUGCUUUUCAUGUGUCCUUUUGGAUCUCCUUUGGGGCAUAUACGUCUUGGGAGACACUUGCAACUGCAACAUGUUAACUCAAGGACCAAUAAAAAGUAGAAUUAAAAAAUAGUCACAAGACAGAAAAAAAAAACGAUCUUGUUCACAAAAUCCAACGUAUGAACUCAAAGUUCUGAUUUCAAAAAUGAAAAUUAAAUUAAAGAGGAUACUGAAAAUAUUUUGUACACUAGUGUCACUGAUAUUUCUGCUCACUAUGCAUUUUCACAAGUAUAGUUUUAUAAAACUUUCUGUCUUUUUUUUUUGUUGUUGUUGUUGUUUAAAACAUUCUAUUGGAAUUACAUUUUCUUAAGUGUGAUAUAAUACAGGAAAAAAAUGCAAGUUAAGCAUUUUCAAGGAAAAUGGCGAUUUGCCAGUGAAACAAGAAAAAGACUAUAACACAAAAGAAACUUUUUUCUUCAUCAAAAAUAUUACAGCUGCUCAAAUCAACUGCAAUGUUUUAAUAAAGCUGAACAGCAUGUUUAUUUAUAUACUGUAUUUAAGUAAGCAUUAUGUUAACUGUAAAUAAAGUUGUUUGAAAACAAAA